AUGGGUGGAAAAAAUCAAAACCGUUGCUUUUCUUGGUCAAAAAGACCUUAAACGUCGCCGUAUAGAUGGAAAAGGACUUUCCCGGGAUUUUUUUUUUGUUUGGUGAGAUUUAUUGAUCAGAGGAGUAAGUGAAUUAGCGAUUAUGGCUGAAGCAGAGAAGCCUGUGGAACCUGGAAGCGCAGAGAACAUACUAACGAAAAUCGAGAAUAAAUCUGGGAAGAUCGAGAACCUAAUUAAACAGUUUAAACCCGCUGAAGCUCUUCAAACUGCACUCGAGGACUCUCCUCCCCAAGACGAGCGCUGCAAGUCUGCGAAUUGGACAGUUGUGCAUAAAGCGUUAAUGGCUGUAAAAGAUGUUGAAGGAAUGCUCCUUUCUUUAGAUCCCAAGUACUACGAUAUUCUUAUGAAGUACGUAUAUAGAGGCUUGUCAACCGGAGAUCCCGCAACCUGUGAUAGAUGCCUUAAGAUUCAUGAGAAGCUGACAGAAAAAGUUGGUUUUGGAUGCAUACUUCGUUCUCUUGCAGACACUGUGAAUACAGUUUGACUCCAAUUGGCACUUCUUCCCUUGGCAUUUUCUCCUCAUGACUGCACGUCUGAGAAACAAAUUUUGUUCCAUGCCUGCAAUUGUCACUCCAGUUUUA